AUGGUAGCCAGAGGAAGAAGGAGAUUUCAUGACGUCAGCGCGCGUGACGUUCUAGUGAGUGCAGGGAAGACAGUUGUUCCCCCACAGCCGUCAGCCAAGAUCGUGGACCCGAUCUGCACGUUCCUGUUCAGCAUCCUGGUGCUGCUGACGUCAGCGAGGGUGGUCCGCGACGCGCUCGCCAUGCUCAUGCAGGCCGUGCCCAGGGACUUCCGCUACCGCGAGUGCGGCGCCGCCCUAUCGGCGCUACCGGGCGUGCGACAGGUGCAUUCUCUGCACGCGUGGGCGCUGUCCACACACCACGUCGUGCUCUCCGCGCACGUCGCCAUCGACGAGCUAACAGACCCAGAACAAGUCCUGCAAGCGUGCCAGAACCUCGCCAAGAACGAAUUCGGCGCGCGCGCCGCCACCUUCCAGGUCGAACGAUACACACCAGCCAUGCGAGCCUGCGCCGUCUGCCGUCACGCGCCCGCCUGACACCUGGCGCUCCUGCACGCCGACUGGUGAGCCAGCACGAGCGAGCCAGUCCUUCAUGAGCGAGCCACUCAGGUGGAGCGAUACAUGCGAGCCUGCGCCGCCUGCCGCCACGCGCCCGCCUGACACCUGGCGCUCCUGCACGCCGACUGGUGAGCCAGCACGAGCGAGCCAGUCCUUCAUGAGCGAGCCA